GGGAGUGUGCGCGGCUCCGGGCAGCGGCAGCAGCAGCCUCCCCUCUUCAUGCCUAUUUUAGUCCCCGCUCCCCGGCCGCCGAGCAGCUUCUCCGCAACUCCCGCUCACUGAGCAAACUUUUCCGGGCCAGCCCCGGUCAGCACAAGCCAGGUUAACCUAGCCAAGCCGAGGCAUCAUGAAGAGGUGUUAUGACCUACUGAUAGUCUUCGAUAAUGAAUGCCAUUAUAUUGAAGAAUCUCAAAAAUAUGUAAUUGCAAAGAAACAGUUUACCAUCCGGAAAUGGCAACAAAGUUAAAAUAACGAUGCUGUCCUGAUGUAGAAGCAUACCUGCUAACCACAGCCAUGGGAGAAAAUGUGAGUUUUUGGGAGAGCCUUGUAAAUGGACACCCAGUGUGUGCGGACUGGAAGCAAGAGACGGAGGGAUCCAUUUAUCACCUAGCCAGUAUUCUUUUUGUAUUGGGCUGCAUGGGUGGAAGUGGGUUUUUUGGACUGCUGUAUGGAUAUGUUUUUUUUGCUUUGAGCUUUCUUUGCACCUGUAUAUGGGCCUGGCUGGAUGUCUGUGCCGCAGAUGUCUUCUCAUGGAACUUCAUCCUUCUUGUGAUCUGUAUUAUGCAGAUUAUACACAUUGCCUAUCAGCUAAGGAGUGUCACAUUUGACAAAGAGUUACUUGACGUAUACAGUGCAGUCUUUCAACCACUGGGGAUCUCCUUAACUGUAUUUCGGAAGAUAAUAUCUUAUUGUAACGCUGAAGUGGUCACAUUGGAAAGGGAACAUUGUUAUGCAGUCCAAGGAAAGACUCCCAUUGACAAACUCUCUUUACUUAUUUCUGGAAGGAUACGAGUAACCGUAGAUGGGGAGUUUCUCCAUUAUAUUUUUCCUCGGAAAUUUUUGGAUUCCCCAGAGUGGGAUUCACUCAGGCCUUCAGAAGAAGGGAUUUUUCAGGUAACCCUGACUGCAGAAACAAAGUGUCGAUACAUUACCUGGAGGAGGAAAAAACUGUAUUUACUUUUUGCCAAAAACCGUUACAUCUGCCGCCUGUUUUCACUGUUGAUUAGGGGUGAUAUUGCGGAUAAACUCUAUGAAUUAAAUGAGAAGGUCUCUUUGGACAGUGGUUUUCGAUUUGAUAUCAGACUACCUAACUAUUAUCACAUGGCAUUACCAGAAAAAGCACAUUCAACAACACCCUCCAUCCAUGUUCACAAAGUCUCUACAAAGAAAAACGCAGCCAACAAAGUGUAACUAGUUGGUCUUUGGCAUAAAAGAAAUUGGAAAAUUUGGCUCAACAAGUGACAAAUAUUCUUAGAUGCUCAUUAAAAACUUAACUAAUGCAAAUGUAAUACUGGCUGCAAAGUGCCAUUUGUUAUCUUCAUGACGGGUAUCGCUUAUUUGUGUUAACUGUUGUUAACUGUUUUUGAACAGGGUGGGAUUAAAACAUUUCAUAGUCUAUGUAAAUGAACAUAAAGUAUUUUAAUACACCCUUUUCUGAAAUAAAUUCAUUGUAAAACCGUUGCUGUAUAAUUUAAGAUCAGAAUAUUGGCCAUUUAAAAUGGACUUGUAUGAAGGCAGGCAGUCAUUAACAGUGGCAGUCUGAUACUAUGUAUAAGUCAUACAAUUAAUGUAAUUAUGGCAUAUGAGAUAUAUACAUAAUAUUGAUCUGCACCUGCUGAAGACUUAUCUGUUUCAUGUAUUGUUCAUAGAUGUUUUCUUUUAAAUGCCCAGUGUGGUAACCCUGACAUAGGAAAGACCAAAGACAUUGGAUAAAAGUGAUAACAAUGUUAGUGUUCUGUCCUAACCCCAUACCAAUAAAAUCCAUUAAUUUGACCAUUUGGUCUUCAUUUACAUCAUAACUUAUAUGUAUUGCUGUGUGCAAGUAAAAUAAAUCCAAUAUGAUUUUGAUAAGUUGCUCUGGGUUUUUAGAAGCCUCACUCUGUCCUCAAUAAAAAUAAAAAAUACCAUGCACAAUCUUCAGCUUUAUGAGUUAAUUAUUCUAUGUACACAAUAUAGAAGGAGAGGGACCAACCUUCGCCACCUUCUCCCAUGUAUAUGAUAAACGCCGUCCUAUUUAAUAUUGGGGAAACUCAAUUUCUGGUUUACUUUUGUAGUUCGCAUUGGAAAAUCUGAAUCAUGUAAGCUAUUAAAAUAAGUCCCUUUAUGGCAAUUAUCAUACAUUGUUUAAACAGAUAUUUGUUUCUUUGGUUUAUUUAAAAGGUUAAUACCUCACUUUUCUUCAAAUUGUGAAGCUGUGAUAUAUUGUACUGUUCAUACAAAAUUAGAGGUAAAACAUUGAUACAAAGCUAGUAAAUAUGUUCAAUCAUGUUGUAGUCAAUACCUGUCCUACAAGGAUUUUGUUUAAAAAUAUAGAAUUAUGUUCUAGAUACAUGUGCUAGAUACAUAAAGGAUGUGAUAUUACUAAACAAGGGUUUUUUUUCUAUUACUGUAUAGUGUCUUUAAUUUAUGAUAUAAAAUUGGUUCAUCUCCACAAAA